AUGCAGCAUCAUCCUCUCUGCUCCCUUUUCUUUGGCCAAAAGACAAUUCGAGGGCACGGGGCUCUAAGAGGAGCUUGAAAUCUGCCCUCUGGAGGAGGCGUGGAGCCCCUCCCUCCUAGGCUCUGAUGGUCCCUGCUCCCGCGGGCCAGCAGCUCCAUCACCCUUUCCUCUUCCAUUCACUCCAGCCGGGAAGAGAAGGAAAACAAAACUCUAAAAAUAACUGUCAGCAUCUUAAAAAGAGAAAAGCUUCGCUGCCACCACCACCACCACCACCCCCCUCUUCUACUCCCGCCCUCCCUCCGCGCCACGGGGCACAUGUCUGCUUCUUACAACACCGCGAGGCACAUGGUCCCAGUGAGACACCGAACCCCAUCGGGACAGAGAGGAAAUCCACAUCUGUGGGACGCUCCGCACAGAACCGCCACCUCCAGCGAGGGAGGCCGGGGGGACUGCAGCAGCGACAUGAAGAAGGGCUAGAGCUAGGGGACGCGGCUCAUGCGACGGCCGGGAGCGCCUGCGAGCUGGAUCUGGUGGAGGAUGCUGCGGCAGGUGCUUCGCAGAGGGCUCCAGUCAUUCUGCCACAGGCUGGGCUUGUGCGUGAGCCGGCACCCGGUCUUUUUCCUCACCGUGCCGGCAGUCCUGACCAUCACCUUCGGCCUCAGCGCGCUCAAUCGCUUCCAGACCGAGGGCGACCUGGAGCGCCUGGUUGCUCCCAGCCACAGCCUGGCCAAGAUCGAGCGCAGCCUAGCCAGCAGCCUUUUCCCCCUGGACCAGUCCAAAAGCCAGCUCUAUUCGGACUUACACACCCCUGGGAGGUAUGGCAGGGUGAUCCUCCUCUCCUCACCCGGGGACAAUAUUUUGCUCCAGGCUGAGGGGAUCCUGCAGACCCACCGAGCCGUGCUGGAAAUGAAGGUGAACCACAAGGGCUAUAAUUAUACUUUUUCCCAUCUAUGUGUAUUGAGAAAUCAGGAUAAGAAAUGCGUGCUGGAUGAUAUUAUUUCAGUGCUAGAGGAUCUCAGGCAGGCUGCCGUCUCCAAUAAGACAACAGCCAGGGUGCAAGUAAGGUAUCCCAACACUAAAUUAAAGGAUGGGAGGAACAGUUUUAUUGGACACCAGCUGGGCGGGGUAGUGGAAGUGCCAAACAGCAAAGACCAGCGGGUCAAGUCAGCCAGAGCCAUUCAAAUCACCUACUACCUCCAGACCUAUGGUUCUGCCACUCAAGACCUCAUAGGGGAGAAGUGGGAGAAUGAGUUCUGUAAGCUUAUGAGGAAGCUCCAGGAGGAGCACCAAGACCUCCAACUGUACUCUCUGGCAUCUUUUAGCCUCUGGAGAGACUUUCAUAAGACCAGCAUCCUGGCCAGAAGCAAGGUCCUGGUGAGCCUUGUGUUGAUCCUGACCACAGCCACCCUGUCCAGCUCCAUGAAGGACUGCUUGCGCAGUAAGCCCUUCCUGGGCCUCCUGGGGGUGCUCACGGUAUGCAUUUCCAUCGCCACUGCCGCCGGGAUCUUCUUCAUCACUGAUGGGAAGUACAACUCCACCCUGCUGGGAAUCCCUUUCUUCGCCAUGGGUCAUGGAACUAAAGGAGUAUUUGAGCUUCUGUCUGGAUGGCGGAGAACCAAAGAGAAUUUACCCUUCAAAGACAGGGUAGCAGACGCCUAUUCGGAUGUGAUGGUCACCUACACCAUGACCAGCUCCCUGUACUUCAUCACGUUUGGUAUGGGGGCCAGCCCCUUCACAAACAUAGAGGCAGUGAAGAUCUUCUGUCAGAAUAUGUGUGUCUCUAUUCUAUUGAACUACUUCUACAUUUUCUCUUUCUUUGGCUCUUGCUUGGUCUUUGCUGGACAACUAGAGCAAAAUCGAUACCACAGCAUCUUUUGCUGUAAGAUCCCUUCUGCAGAAUACUUGGACCGCAAACCUGUGUGGUUCCAGACAGUAAUGAGUGAUGGGCACCAACAGACAUCCCAUCAUGAGACAAACCCUUACCAGCACCAUUUCAUUCAGCACUUCCUCCGAGAACAUUACAAUGAAUGGAUUACCAAUAUCUAUGUGAAGCCAUUUGUGGUCAUUCUAUAUCUCAUUUAUGCCUCCUUCUCCUUCAUGGGGUGCUUGCAGAUCAGUGACGGAGCUAGCAUCAUCAACCUACUAGCCAGCAACUCCCCAAGUGUUUCCUAUGCCAUGGUUCAGCAAAAAUAUUUCAGCAACUAUAGCCCCGUAAUAGGAUUCUAUGUCUAUGAACCCCUUGAGUACUGGAACAGCAGUGUCCAGGAGGAUCUUCAGAGGCUCUGUAGUGGGUUCACUGCAGUGUCCUGGGUGGAGCAGUACUAUCAGUUUCUGAAAGUCAGCAACAUCAGUGCCAAUAACAAGACUGACUUCAUCAGUGUCCUACAAAGCUCGUUUUUAAAAAAGCCAGAAUUCCAACAUUUUCGGAAUGAUAUCAUUUUCUCUAAGGCGGGGGAUGAAAACAACAUCAUUGCUUCUCGCUUGUAUCUGGUGGCCAGGACUAGCAGGGACAAGCAGAAAGAAGUCAUAGAAGUUCUGGACAAGUUGAGGCCCCUGUCUCUCUCAAAGAGCAUCCGGUUCAUCGUGUUUAACCCUUCCUUUGUUUUCACAGACCAUUACAGUUUGUCAGUCACUGUGCCUGUUCUGAUCGCAGGCUUUGGGGUUCUCCUGGUGUUAAUCUUGACUUUCAUCCUAGUGAUCCAUCCUCUGGGAAACUUCUGGCUCAUUCUUAGCGUCACCUCAAUUGAGCUGGGCGUCCUGGGCUUGAUGACCUUGUGGAAUGUCGACAUGGAUUGCAUUUCUAUCUUGUGCCUUAUCUACACUUUAAAUUUUGCCAUUGACCACUGUGCGCCACUGCUUUACACGUUUGUAUUAGCAACCGAGCACACCAGAACACAAUGUAUAAAGCGCUCCCUGCAAGAGCAUGGGACAGCCAUUUUGCAAAACAUUACUUCUUUUCUUAUUGGGUUGGUCCCCCUCCUAUUUGUGCCUUCAAACCUGACCUUCACACUGUUCAAAUGCUUGCUGCUGACCGGGGGUUGCACGCUUCUGCACUGUUUUGUUAUCUUACCUGUGUUUCUAACCUUUUUUCCUCCUUCCAAAAAGCACCACAAGAAAAAGAAACGUGCCAAACGAAAGGAGAGAGAGGAAAUCGAAUGCAUAGAAAUCCAAGAGAACCCUGAUCACGUCACCACAGUUUGAGGGUGGAGACUUUUCCUUUUCCAGUGUUGCACAACGAUACAGGGCAAGUCAAGCUCAGACCUCAGCUGCUUGGGCUGGCCAGGGGUAACAAGGCAAGUCAGAUCAAGAGUGUAUAUUAUUCAUGACAUGUCCAAGGGUCUGCUUCCUGUGGGGGAGGGGGGCGAGGGACUGAAAGGAGGGAAAGUUCUCUGCAACCUUAUUCUCCAUGAGAGACGAAUUUCCAGACACUGAAUCUUAGAGCUUUUCCAAGGAAUGGAUGGAUCAUAUGUUAAGACAGAAGGCUGAAAGAGCUAAGGAUUCAAAAGAAAUGCUUAGAAGAAAUGGAGAAGAGAGGUGGUGGUCUCCAGAUAGAGGGAAAGACAUGGGAAAUGUCUAAAUUUCCAUGUCACUUUUCAUGCUUGUUAUUAGAACAGUCAGAGGAAACCUAUGCACAUGGGAAGUACAUUUUUAAUCCUGUCUAAACCAAAGGACCACCCAAUCCAUUUUGUGUGUACAUAUAAGUAUAUAGACACUUACACUUGUCUUUAGUGUACAUUGGUGUCUGGGUGAAGGAAGGUGUCCAUUUGCAGCUAAGGCUGGCCUUUCUCUAGAAAGUCAAAUCAGCUUUAGCCAAAUAUAUAAGCUCACUGGGGGAGAUGCAAAAUAUAUAAAUGGCCACUUAAAAUCAACUCAACUGUCUAGACAGCAAGAGUGUUUUCAACUGUGUGAUUAAAAAAUAAACAGAAAUUUGAAUCCAUUGAAUUCUACAUGUCAUGUUGUUGGUCAUUGAGAUUUUAACUUUGGGACGACUUCACAAAAAACAUUAAAAGGUAUUUGAAUCAGUCAGCAUGUGGACAAAUGUUUAAGACUUAAAAUAGUUGAGAUGGCUUAUCAUUAGCCUUUAACAUUUCUGUGUAUUUGGAAGGCCAGCAUGGCUGCUCUUGGAUAUCUCACCCACCUGCAAAUGAGCACUUUAAGCAUAUUGUCCUUGUAUACAUAUGUAAGGGUACACAAUAUAUGUGUGAGAGAGAAAGGAAGAAUGAGAUGACAUUCCACAGUUACACGUUCUUAUUUUAGAUGAUGAAAGUACACAGCUGUGGCAGAUAGCAAUUAACACAGGAAAAAGAAAGUGCACGGGAAACUCAGAGAGUGAAAUGGGCCAAUGCUAUUCAUCAUCCCAGCAUCAAACAGUCCUUAGUCUAAGAAAAAUUUGUCAACUCUAUAGACUCUAGUAUGUUCCUUGGAAUAAAUUUGGAGCAUUAACCCAGGCCAUGAUCACUAUGGAUGCAGCAUCAUUUUGUAGUUUCUUGCAGUUAUCAUUGUCUUGUUAACUAGAAAGUAAGCUCCUACAGCAAGCAUAGCUCUCUGCAGGGGCCAUACUAACCAUGUGUAAUUGCUGCUGGAUUCUUUAUAUUUAAAAAAAAUGUACUGAGGUAAUGUUUCCAUUGAGUUAGUGUUUAAAUCUGUACCCUAGGCAGGUACUCAGCCUGCUGGGUACUUACAUGGACUGAGGCUGUUGUUAUUCAUGUUGGAGAAAGUUACUAGAAAAUUCCUUUUCCCUGCCAUGUAGGGACCUAAAGAACAAUUUAUUUCCAGGUAGAAUAAAACAAAAGCUCAACGAUGACACAGUCUGCUAACAUGCUCUUCCUCCCAAAGAAAGCUGAUAUUUUCCACCCACGUGGGUUGUAUAAUUUAACUGUAUUAAUAAUAUUAACCCUUAAAAGGCAAACUAUUACUAGAACUCUUAGAAAAUCCCACUCUUUUUACAGUGUUUGGAAAUGAUAUUGAUAGAUUCGUGAAGCAAGAGCUCUGCUUUGGUAAACCAUGCAGAUUUUAAAAUGGACAUUUGUUAAAUAAAAUUUCAGUUUAUGGAAUGGCAUUUGUUCUAUUCUACCUUAAGACCACUGUGUUUCAAUGUCUCCCUGACUGCGAGUGCAAUAACUAGAAUUAAGUAGGGAACAUAACUGCCUAUAGCCACAUUUGAUGUUUUCUCUGUAUCUGUAAAAUCAUGUCACAGUUAAGGCCAGCCUUUCAUCUCAUGAACUUCUGCACAAAGGAAAACUGGAUUUCAAACAGUUGACCUCCAGGCCAUGAUCUUAUAUUUGAAGUUGAAUUUUCUGAGCAGUCUUUGGAGUUGGAGAACAGAAUUCCUCUUUUGCAGUUCCUCAACAUUUAUGAAGAUUGCUAUCAUUUGCAUCUGUUUGUAAAGACGGCCACUGAGACACUGAGGAUUCCAUGUCACUCCAUUUCUGGCUGUAUUCAGUGAUACUCCAUUCUUCCACCUAUUUUGUAUUUAAUGUUAACUUAUUUGAGCUUUAUAAUUAUGACAAAUCAUUUCAGAAGCAAAGACAAACAAACAAAAUGAUUGCCAAGCUAAUUGGCAAUCUUGCCAAUUGCCAGAUUUAUGGGAGUACAGCCACAUAUUCUGCCAAAUCAAUAAUUUUAAUCUCUCCCAAUGCACUUGAAUGGGAAAAGACUUGUUCAUGUGUUAGAUAAUGUCUUCAAGGAUCAAAUGUGUAAUAUAAACAGGAAUUUCUCAUUGUCCAACUGGUUAGAGAGGUAGCAUUUUAGAAGAGAUGUUAUCUUCUCCAGAACACCGUGAUUUUCUCUAAGGAAUUGUAGCAAUAAUUAACUGAAAUGAAACUCCAUGUUCUGGAAGAGUAAUAGAAUACCCAAAAUGCCUUGACUUGGUCUUAGGAAGUAAUUUGAGCCCAGAAAAAUCUCACCAAGCAUCAUCCAAACCUUCCAAUCUCACUGUGAAGCAGAUAUUUCCAAAAAUUCCUUUACUGUGUAUCAAGAUGCACCCUAAAAUAUGAGAUUAUGAUUUGGAGGUAACCCUCCAUUCUCAACCAUUUCUGGUAGCUUGUAUACUCCCCUCUCUACUUUUUAAAGUUUAUGCUUAUUUUGUCCAUUUGUGAAAUAUUGAUGGCAUUCAAGUUAGGAAUUUAACUACUAUCAAAGAGUGGACCAUUCAAACACUAGAAGUAAUCAGUGGAAAAUCUUUUAGAUUUGUGGAAUAUUUUACUUUACUGCAGUGCAUUUUUUUCCUUAAAAUGGGAGAUUUUAAAAACUUGUGAACCCCACAGCUUUUCUUGUUUAAACUGAAAUGUGUCCCCAUUAGAAUGUAGUUUAUGUUCUACUCUCUUCAAAGAGGAACUCACCUAAAUUAUCAGACAAGAUUUAUCUAAAUGUUCCAUGGGUUAACCUACAUCAUGUGUAAGUCUGUUGAAAGAAUGUGUACUUAUGCAUUGCCCCGUGCGUUCUUGCAGUGAUCACAAACCUCUUUGAAGGCUAUGCAUGGAUAGUCUAUGAUAGAGCUUGUCUUUCUCCCAAUUGACUUCCAUUUAAUUUCCACAGAAAUAAAUUCAUGUUUUAUCUCAUGUUGUGAAAGGAAGAAUUGUGACACACAAAGCUCCUAUGAUGCUAUAAUAGCCAUUCUUGUACGUUGAACUUGAGUGUAAGAGCUACGUCCAUUCUGUAAUUAUUCAUUGCACUUUACCAUAACAAGCCAAUCCUUCUAGACUAGAGCUGGGGAUUAACUAUCGCCAUUCAGAAUGUGUGUGUAUUUUUAUACAUUGACUGUAAAUAUUGUCGUUACAGUCAGAUAUUUUUAUAACCAAAUAGUUAUAAAUGCAUGGCACAAUGCAUGCAUGAUUACUAAUAGUAUGUAGAUUACUAAAGAUACUAUUUUUAAGAUUAUUACACAUUUUAUUAAAAUUUUCUUAUCCUCUAUCGUAAAUGUCUCAUAGGGUUUUGGUCACAAAGGUCUAAAGUCCACAGAAAACUUCAUACUAAAGGAAGCAAUCAGAAAAUUGCCUUCUCAUAGUGUCAACAGCGGCUGCCUGCAGUAAGAUGGCCACUGGUUCUGGUCUCUUGGGUAAAGGAUCAGGCAGAGUCUGCAUUAGCUAGUAAUUAAACAUACAUACAUGCUCUGGGUUUGCUAAGGUCAGAGUCAACCAGAAGCUAUUACACCUUAAGAAUGGACUUGUGAUGUUAUCUCCUGGGACUGGAGAAUUCUGUGAGUUACUCUUCCCAGAGGGAAGUCUAUGGUCAACCAGUUUUGUUGCUGUUUUGCACAGUGUUCUGAUAAUUCUUUCAAAGGUGACCCUCAAAGUUUUCGCUUAUUUCAAGGGAAUUUCAAGAUCACUUUCAUUCUCUUAAAAAAAAAAAAGACAAAAUUCUUGCUCUUCCUGUUACAAAACAAAAACAAACAAGCAAACAAAAAACAGUAACAAACAGUUAUGACAAACUUUUAGGGCAUCAAAUCAAAACAUCUACAGCUCAGUUAGUAUGCCCUUGAAAUCUCCCCAUCUCAAAUGUAAACAGAACUCUAUAUCAUCAUCUCUGUAGCAGGCACCUAUGCCAGCCUUAUUCCGCAAUGAUCUGCAGAUACACUGCACAUGAAAUGAUUACAUUUUCUUUUGUAGCUUUUCUUUAGAAUGACUUCAGUGACAGUGACAAAAAUUAAAGGCAUUUUCAUGACAUUCAGCACACAGGUGCUGCAUGUGAACGUAGUCAUACUUCCAUUUCUGUAUCCGAUGACCAAUGUUCAUCUAUGUCAUGUUGUAGACAGGAGAGCAAGAGGUAGUGCUCUGUAUUCCAAAUGUCUUGGAAUUCAGGUCGAUGACGUUUGGAUGAAAUUGGAAGGUACUAAAAGACAGACAAGACUACCUCUAAGAAAUUGAGAGAGUGUGUGGGUGCAAUAGGAAGCGUGACAUCACUGAAGUCCUUACAUACUAGACUUUAUAGGUUAGAAAAAAGCACAGAGGAUCAGAUGGUGCCUCAAAACUAGAGCUUCUUAACUGCUAGCAAACCUAGCUAUGUGCAACUACUUCCCACUUGAAGAUCGUGCUCUUGUCUGAAGGAUUCAGACACUGAGCCUGAUUCUAGAUUUCUAAGCAUGACCAGGUAUGUAGACCCUUUUGUGAAUGAGAGCAAAGCUAAAGGACUCUGGAGAGAGACUUCAAAUUUAAUACCCAGGAAAGUAUUCAUUUCCCAGAUGCUGAAAUACAUAUAAUGAUUUUGGCCAUUUUUAUGUAUUUAAUGAGGGCCUCUUCUAUAUUAUUGAUAAAGAAGUCAUUUGCUUUUCUUGUGAAAUGGCAAACAAUUCAAAGAAAGACUAUAUGGAACCAGUAUUGCAGAGUAUGUGGCUAAUUUAUUGACCACAUCUUAGCUCUUCUGCAUCCUUAGACUGUCAAGAUAAUAGGAACUUAGGCUACACAGGUAGCCUUUGCCAGAUAGGUAUUUUUAAUUCAACAAAAUAUUUACAAAUAAGAUCAUUGAUAAUUUUGCACUUUUAUAAACUAUUGGAAUCCAGUCCCUACUAUUUCACCCAGCUGAAUUUUCCCUAAGAAAGCUGGCAUAGGUCAAAUUACUUUUGAAAAUUCUAAAAAUCAAAAGGAAAGUUGAGAACAUGAAAGAAGGAAUGAUUCACAAGCUCUUGGUAAUUCUUGCUCCAUUUCUUGGGUUCCUGUUCAUCCAAGCUGGAGCUGGUAUUAGUCAUUCGUAAUUGUGUUCCACUUUACUGUGUGGCUCAUGGCAUGCCUGAUAUGGUUUCCUUCCCCCUUUGUUUUUACAGUUACUAAAGCAACUCCAUUAUCUCCAGGGCUCUCUCAAACAAGUGGAAAAAUAAGAGUUUUAAUUUUUUGGAAGAUUUCAUUGAAGAGUUCCCUGGAAAGUAUUAGGAGUGACCAUCAUGGGUAAAAGAUAAGUGGAGCUUAUUACAAAUGUGUCACUGUCCAGUCCUGAAUAGAUUUAGUCUGGAUUCUUGGUAAAGAUUUUCCACAGCACACUGUGAGAAGCAUUACAUUAUCUAAAUGUGAGAAGGGAGUAGAGUCUCCCACUGGAAAUUGAAAUCACUUCCACCAUCAGAGCUGGUAGAUUGCAAGUACUAGCAGCCAUAGUGAGAGACCUUGAAAAAGAAAAGAAGCUUCUGCAGUCUUACAAGCCUGGUACAAUCAAAAACAUCUGUGUCUAUAUAGAUUCAGGAUAUCCCAGCAUCUCCUCUCCUCUGACAUAAAAGUCCAUUACUGAAAUAUCCGACCUUCUGCUCACCAGUGUGAAUAUUGCAAGGUAUCUGCAGAGCUUAUGCAGCAAGAUUAUCUUAUGUUCACAUUAAUUAUGCAUCUCCUUUCAGCAAUGGACUUCCUUGCUCUUAAGUAGGAAAUCUGUCACUGUUUGAAAAGGGCAGAGAUCUCACUAAGCUACCUCACAGGGAUACUUAAAGAUAAAAUGGUGUACAGCCUUUGACUAAAUGGUAAUAUAAUACAUUUAUUGCCCUUUCACUUUGUAAACUUGUACCAAGCUAGCUGCAAAAUGAACACCCAUGUAUGCAGCUUCACCUGUUCCUACAAUUUGCUGUAUGCAUUCACCAAUAUGACAUCACUUGGGGGAGCUGUUCAGUUAUCUCUUCACGGACAUCCCGGAGAAUGAAAAUUAAUUCAGAAAGAAUAUUACUUUAGAAAGAGUAUUGCCUAGGAUUAACUUUGAGACAGCAGCCUGUCAGCAAGAUGCGUCACCAAGUGCUCUGUGACUAACUUCAAAGAGCAGCCCAUGUGCUCUUCCUUUCAAUGGACAGGAAAAAAUCAAUCUGUGUCUUUAAUAAUGUUAAGCAAAUAUGAAACAAUAAAGAUACAUUUGCAUCCUAAGGGUUUUUCCCCCAGUAGGAAACUACUAUUUUCACCCAUCAGUUAGAAUUCUGAAACACUGGUUGAUGAAAUCAGUGAGGAGAAAAUUUCUAGGAAGGACCACCUCACCCUCAGACUUAAAAAAAAAAAAAAACACAGGCGUGAAAGUAGAAACUGAGUGUUUUAUUUCUUUUCCUUUCCCAAAAGAAAUAUCCACUGGUUCCCAAUCCUGGCUCAGUAAGAUGCUAGUCUCUACAACAAAAUGAAGAAGAAUGAAAACACACAUGAAAUUGUAAGGCUUCAGCAUCUUACCAAUACAAGCCACAUAGUAAAAUACCACUGCCAGUCAGCUUUGGCCAUGAGAAUGGAUUUUUAAUAUUAUAUUCUUUUUACAUAUAGGUUCUCUGCAUUCCUUUUGUAAAAAAAAAAAAAAAAAGCCUUAUAUAUCACUCCCAAGUUCCAACGAAUGAAUUAAAGACACCUGUUCCAGAGUUCUGCACACAGGGCUCCACCCCUAAAGCUACCUUAUUUACAGAAACUUGAAGGAAACAAAUUUAAUCCCAAAAAAGUGUGACUUAAUUUGUAGUUCAGUGUCAAUAUCUUCUCCAAAAAUAGUGGACUGCUCAAAUACACAUCUUAGAUCUUACUAAGAUGACUUUAAAAUGUCAUUCCAUUGUUUUCAAUUUGCCCAAAUUGUGUCAAUGGUCAAAAUUUAUAUGUAUUUCCAUUCUAGGCAAGCAAAAUAAAAUAAUUUAAAAGUGAGGUUUUUGUAACUGUCAUAGGAAUAAAUAAAUGAGAUUCUCUCUGGAUUUUCAUCUGUAAAUGUACGUUCAAUAACUGAAUGAAUCUCACACCUCGAUGAACAGAAACUGUAUUCUAAAUAUUCAUUUCAUUAUUAUUUUCAAAUUUUGGAUGUCUUGACUUCACAGUGUACAUGGCAUAAGCCGUGUAUUUUAAAUGCUUCGCUAUAUAUAGACAUAUGUAUGGUUUUAUUUUGCUGUUUUGUUUUGUGAUGCUGGGUCUUGUUGUGUAAACCUGACUGGCCUUGGACUCAGAGAUCCCCUACCUCUGUCUCCAGAGUACUGGGAUUAAAAACAUGGGCUACUACACCCAGGAAGGUGUUUAAUCCCUGUUGGAGAUUUGUUUUCUUUGUUGUUUUUGCUUGCUUGUUAAAUAAUUUGAGAUGGGGUCUUUCUAUGCAGCCCCAGCUGACCUGGAUCUCAGUGUGUAUCCUAGUCCUGACCUAGAACUCAUAAUCCCCAUGCCUCCCCCUCUUGCCAACCUCCCAGAUUCUAGGAUUACAGGUGUGCACCAUCACUCUUGGAUUCUUUCAUUCUCUGAAUUUUUAAGAAUAUUUUUAUUGGGCUUGGAAAGAUGAUUCAGCAGUUAAGAGCACUGAUCGCCUUUCCAAAGGAUGAGGGUUCAAUUUCCAGCACCCACAUGGCAGUUCAUAACUGUCUGUAAUUCUAGUUCCACGAGAUCUGUCACCCUCACAGAAACAUAUAUGCAGGCAAAAUACCAAUACAUGUAAAAUUAAAAUAAAAGGAAAAAGACAUAAUAUUAUUUAUUACAAAUUAUACUAUGAUGCACAUCAGCCAGCCCUACAUAGAUAAGAUAAUUCACCAACCAAAGCAAAUUAACAUGUCUUGGCAGUCUUAUAAGACAUUUUUAUGAAACCCUAAGUCCAUAAAUAUCUCUACAAUAUGUAAAGUAGGAAUCUAUUACCAAAAAUAACCUCAAUUAUUGUACUAAUUUAAAAUCUGAAGUAAUGUGUAGUUGCCACAAAUAAAUUCUGCCCAAAAUUUAUUACAUUAUCUGAGCCAAUUCUCUCUAAAAUUUACUGCAUCAUAGUGAAUUCCUGCCAUGAUGAAAGGUCUAAAAAAAAAGCUUUAAUUCAUCAUUUUUCUCACCACUCGAGAAAACUAACAAUAACUAAUACAGCGACCCCCUAGGCAGCAUGCAGGCUUAGAAAAAGAGACCUACUACACUCCAGAGCACACAGCUCCACAUCUGGAUGAAAUUAAAGGCCUUCAGCAAUCGCUCCCAAGUCCUUCAAAUCAAAAAUUGUGAGGAAUACAUAGUUAGCCCACAUGCAUGAGAAUCAAGUGCACCAAUCACAAAGUCAUAUUGAAACAAAUUAAGAGCACACAGCCCGCAUAAAAGGGUAUCGCUGUAGCCUUUGUCCUCAAUAACAGCAUUUUCAGAAUUAGAGCCACGUGCCUUGGAAUGUCUCAUUUUGGGCAACUUCUCACGGUUUUUUAAAAACAAAGAUGCUCUUGCUACUCCAGGGGAAAAGUUUUUUAUUUAUUCAUUAGCUGUUUCCCAUCUGGGAUUUAAUAUUUUAAUUUGUAAUUAACUUUCUUUUCCUCUUCGGGUAAAAUUAUUUUUCCAUGUAACAACUGAAAUGCUUUUCCUUUGGUUAAGAAUAAGCAUGUCUUGCAUGAAGUGAAGUCAGAAUUUAGCAAAAUAUAAGCUAGAUAUGUGAGCAUGAUUGCAAGCACACAAUUCAGAGAAAGUUUGCUCAUUGAUACUUUAUGUGCAUCAGGCAAAAAUUCCCCUCAUGGUUUAGUCUUAGAAGCUGCCACAACAUGGGGUAUUCCUCUUAGAGAACAUUCAGUAAUUAUAUAUUCAAUGAUAAAAGUUUUUUUUAAAAAAAAAAAAAAAAAAGAAUCCUGAAGCUUCUUACUUGUGAUCUAUGUGAAAAGUGAUUUUUUUUAGCCAAAUCAACCUGUGAAGAACUAUACCUAGAAUAUAUUUUUAUUUCUUGCUUUCUUGGAAUAUUCUCUCUUAUAUCCAGUUAAUGAGGAUAUAUAAAUGAGGAACAAUUUUAUGUUGGUUCACAUAGCCAUUGCUGAGAAGCUGAAAUGCUGCCCCCGAGAACUUUACCCAGUGUGAUAGUUAAAUAUAAUUUUUAAAAAUCGUAUCAGUACAAAAAUUAAAACAAAUGCAAAAGUUUUUAAAUAUGUGAAAAGAAAGAUUUGGUUUGGUAUCUUCUUGCUAGUUUAUUUUGGCAUUUGGGGGGG